AUGGACGACGAAGGUACAGCCGUUCUUAUCCCCUUUACUGUUAAGUUGGACAUCACCAACAGCCAGCUCCUCUGCGGGCCCGAGGACUUGGCCACUCUCUUUAUCUGUACGUACGACGGAAUGGUCCUUUGUGCAGACAUACACCUUAGCAGUGCAGAGCCUACGUUUUCCUUUCCGCUCCCGGUCUAUGUGGCCUCUGGAGGUGUUGCCUACUUGUCAGGAAGCUUUAUCAACGACACGCAGUACGUUGCUCUUUGGUCCUAUGAAAGUGAGCUUGUUUUCUUGACUCGAACGUUUGUACCAUCCGUGGACAACUUAGCGAAAACGACCCCCACAGUCUCCCACAGGGUAGUUCCCUUUGGGAACGGUCAUCGAAACAUUUCAUCUCUUGCUUUCCGGUCCCAAACAGAGCUGUGCUUUGCGGGUACACACGAUGGACUACUUUAUACUAUCAAUGCAGCAACAGGGGAGAUUCAUAAUUGUACUUACGAGCCAGGGCUCCCUAUUACACAGAUUUCUCACUUCGAUGACAAUGUUUACACCCUCAAUCAGGGUGGAGCUCUUCAGUGCCGCGAUGAAACACUCGUCCGGGCAGCUAUAAACUCGUUUGUUAUCGGAAAGCAGUACAUAGUCUAUGGUUCCUUUUCAGUGGUUGUUUCUAUGAAUAGCAGGGCCGCUCUAGGAGAUACAAACUCCACUAGUUUAGAUAUUGCACUGGAUAGCCCGAUCUCCACUAUAACACAGCUUAAUUUACAGUCGCUGUCUAGCGACAUAGAGACGGAGUUGUUGAAGCGCUUGAAAGUUCCUACAUGUUUCACAGAAGUGAUCCCAGAUCCCACAUACCACAGAGACUAUGAGCACUUUCUGAUAGGAACUAUCUCUGGCAGUCUCUUUGUACUUCAGGUAUGCCACUCUGCCCGAACAAAGAAGCUUAGUGCGGUGUUGCAUAAAGUUCCUAUUCCUGCAGCUGUGGCACACGAAAGAAAAAUAACACAGAUAUUAGGCUACACGAAGAAUGGCUUAGUUACUUUGCUAUUUGACGAUUCAUUUGUGGCCAGGUACUAUCUUGUGAGCACUUGUGAGGCCCAAAGUAACCAUGAAAUUAUGCUGAGCUUAUGA